ACUCAACUUGACAUAGGUAAAAGGCCUAAUAAUGAAUUUAUAGACCCAAGUCCACUGAACAUCAGGUAAGUUACCCUAGGUUAAAGAAAAAGUAAAAAAUCCGCGUCACUUUCAUCGUCCUCAACAGCGACCUCGGAUCUGCUGCUUCGGUCGAUUGCGCCUCUCUUCUUCGUCGAGGAUGGACACAAUGGAUUUUGAUAGGAUCGACACAAUGGAUUUUGAUGAAGAAAGGAGGUUCGUAGCGUUUGUAAAGAAACAUGCAAAGCUUUAUCAAAUAGGAACUGACACGGGAGUGAGAAGGCUGCAAACAAAGUUGAAAAAGUUUAAUAUUAAGGACAAGUCUCCACCUAAAUCCAAAAGAAAGGAUAAAAUUGUUUUGGAUGGAAGCAGAACCACAGAAGUGGAAAAGCAAUCGAAAACUAAGAUGGACACUGAAGUUGACAAACCUCUUCCGAUGCCAGAAAGAAAGACAUACAAGAUUUACUUGGACGAAAAACACAAGGGUGGCUUACCUUUCGCUGGAAAAAGAUAUCUUGAAAGUGAAGAAGCUUGGUUAUCUUAUCACACAAAAUUCCUGGAAAAAGUUUUCGGCAGUUGUGCAUCUGAAAUGAUUGAGCCUGGUUUUGGAGUUACUGGUAUCUUUUUUGCCCUGCUUACAGAGGAGGAGUUGAAACAACUGGGAGGUUGCUCUCUCUCUCUCUCUCUCUCUCUCUCUCUCUCUCUCUCUGUGAACCAACUGGAAGUUAUUCGCUUAAUUGCUUUUCAGGCAUGGAUGGAGUAAAGAUUUUUGCAGAAAAACCCUGUCAUUGUGAAUACUUCUGACUCGGUAGAACUAUUAUGUGAGGGAUGGAGUUUACUUCUCUCAUAAUUUGGUUCUUGUCUGGUUGUAUGAAGUCUAUGAAGGAGUCUUUUUUCAUCGUUCGGAGGCCCUAAAAUAGGGGAGAUUACUUCACUUAUAAUUUGAUUCUGGUCUGUUUGCAUGAAGUCUCUGAAUGAGUCUUAUUUCAUCUUUCGGAGGCUGUAAAAUACUACUCUAUUUUACUUUGUGAUUUCUUAUGAAGUAGCAAGGAAAAUGCCAUCUCCUACAA